AUGUCCAUCAGCAACCGGGCUGUGUCCCAUGUCCCUCCCGAGCUGCUCGAACCCUUCCAGAAGGAGCUGUGUGGCCGCAAGGAGCUGCUGCCCUUGCUGAAGAGCCUCUGCAAGCGAUAUCACAACAGCCAAGCCUUGGUCUCUGAUCUGGAUACCUUAGGGGCUAUAGGUGAAGUGUUUCCUACGGUUCACCUGAUACUGGGUGAGCUGCAGAGGUAUGUGGGUCUGCUGGAGCUGAUUCAGCAGUACGCACGCUGGAGGAGAGGGCUGGACCUCCUGCCUCUAAUUGGCAGGACAUGGCCACUUUCAGACACAGGCAAAAAGACUACAGGAUCUGUCCUGCAGGGCGUGGAAGAAGAUGAUACUUCAUCCCAGCUGCCCCUGACUGACCUCCAAGCCUGUGAGACUUUCAUGAGAAACAGAGAUUUGGGAAAAAUUGACUGUGUCUACCUAAAUGUUGCCCUCAGGAGACAGUUCCGACCCUAUGACCUGGUAGUGGUUUCCCAGCACAAGGCAGAACCUCAGCACUAUGUCUUCUCAUCAUUUGGAGCGCUGCACAUGCACCCUGAGGAUGCAGUCAAGACCAUGACACUAGCAGAGUGGCACCGAGAAGCAAUGCUGUGGCAGUUGCUCUGUUGCUUUCCCCUCCUCCAGCACUGCCUUGAGCGUAAAGUCUUUGCUAGCUGGUGGAAGAACAUGAAGGGCCAUCAGAAGCAUCGAAAAGCCCUAAAGAGCCAUCUGCUUCUGGCUGUUCCCCACUUUGCAGCAGCCCUGCUCCACAUUUCCAGACUCCUGCAGGAGCUGCGAUCUGUGCACUGGCUGCCCCAGGAUGACUCCACGUGCUACACCUUUCCUGAACUGGAACUGAAACUAAUGCAAGAGAAUAGCCAUGCCCAAAGCCUGCUCAGGAGAUUCUUUGCCCUCUGUUCAUCCAUACUUGAGUUAACAUAG